AUGGGAUCCAGAUACGUUACCCAGAAGCCAGAGAAUGCUCUGAAGAGAGCUGAAGAAUUGAUUGCUGUAGGCCAAAAUGGAUCUGCAUUGCAACUGUUGCAUGAAAUUGUAUUGUCGAGACGUUCCAGGUCGACUGCAAUCGCAUCAUUGGAACCGAUCAUGCUCAAAUUUAUAGAGCUAUGUGUGCAAAUGCGGAAAGGAAAGACCGCUAAAGAGGGUUUGCAUCAGUAUAAGAAUAUUCAGCAGAAUAACAAUAUCACCACUAUUGAGGUUGUCAUCAAGAAAUUCAUUGACCUCUCUGAGCAGAAAGUCGCAGACGCUCAAGCCAAAGCAGAUAAAAUAGCUCUAGAUUCUAUUGAUGACUUGGAAGCUACCGAAACUCCCGAAUCAAUUAUAUUGAGUACCGUGUCGGGUGAAGCUAGCAAAGAUCGUACAGAUAGAGAAGUAGUUACUCCUUGGUUAAAGUUCCUUUGGGAAGCUUACCGUACAGCUUUGGAUAUUCUCAGGAAUAAUGCUAGAUUAGAGACACUCUACCAGAUUGUGGCAACGCAAGCAUUUGGCUUUUGUCUCAAAUAUACCCGUAAAACUGAAUUCCGAAGAUUAUGUGACUUGCUCCGUCAGCACUUGGCAACAGCAGCCAAGUACGCUCAUCAACCACACUCAAUCAAUUUGAGCGACCCCGACACCUUACAACGUCAUCUCGAUACACGAUUCAUACAAUUAUCAGCUGCCACCGAUCUAGAAUUAUGGCAAGAAGGAUUUAGAUCUAUCGAAGACAUUUAUAACUUGUUAUCAAUGUCUAAAAAAGCACCUAGAUCAUUCAUGAUGGCAAAUUAUUAUGAAAAGCUGGCCAGAAUCUUGCUUGUUGGUGAAAAUUAUCUCUUCCAUGCUGCCGCUUGGAACCGAUAUUAUGCUAUCGCUAGACAAAACAGAAACUUGUCGGAAGAUGAACAUGAUCGUAUGGCUAGUAUGGUAUUGCUAUCUGCUCUCUCUAUUCCGAUUAUUCAAACUGGACGAUCAAAGGGUGGGUCUGAAGAAGCUGAAAACAAGGAGAAGGCUCAACGAUUAGCUAAUUUGUUGAGAGCUCCUCGCCCUCCUACUCGUGAGAUACUGUUACGUGACGCUCUCGCCAAGACCGUGUUGGCUCGUGUAAAGCCUGAAUUACGAGAACUGUAUGAUAUUCUCGAAGUUCAAUUCCACCCACUGUCGAUUUGUAAAAAGAUUGCUCCCAUCAUGCAGCAACUACAAGCAAAUCCUGACUUUGCCAAAUAUGUCAGACCCAUCCAUCAAAUCAUCUUGACUCGAUUGUUGCAACAGUUAUCACAAGUAUAUACCACCAUCAAAAUCGAAUCGGUGCUGAAACUAGCAGCCUUCCCAGAACCAUACAAUCUCGACAUCCACAAGAUUGAAAAGUUUAUCAUGAAUGGAUGUAAAAAGGGUGAACUCUCUAUACGUAUUGACCAUCGAAACAAGUCAUUAACAUUUGAGUCUGACUUGUUUAUGACUUCGAAAUCAACUGGAGUUGAUGGUCCAAAACUCUCUACUCUAUCAAGUACUCAAACUAUGGGUAUUCAGUUAGCUCAAUUAGCUAAGCGAUUACACACAGCUGUGCUUCUUGUGGAUCCUAGUAAAGCUGAUGCUGCAAAGAAGGCUAAGGCUGCUGCAUUUGCUACAGCUAUUGCUUCUGCUGAAGAAGAGCAUCAAGAGACUUUCAAGAGGAGAGCACUGAUCGAGAGGAAGAAGGAGUUGCGCGAGGCUGAGAUUGCUCGCAAGGUCGAAGAAGAGCAAAGAUUGAAGAAGCUCAAGAUCGAAAAGGAACAACAAGCUGAAAAGCAACGUCUAGAAGAAGAAUCUCGUCGAAGAGAAAUAGAACGUGUAGCUCAACAAAAGGCCACUCUUGAAAAAGAAGAAGCGCGUAAAUUGGCAGAAAAGAUGGCUGAAGAUCUCACGAAACGUAAAAUCAAGGUCGACAAGGAAGAACUGGAAGGUCUUGAUGCCGACAAGCUCAUGGCGUUACAAGUUAAACAACUGGAACAAGAACGUCGUGACUUGCAAGCCCGUCUCAAGAUCCUAGCUAGAAGGAAUGACUUUGUAGAACGUGCCUUCCGCAAAGAAGAAAUUCCAUUACUCCUCAAAGACUUCGAAGAGCAAAAAGAAGCUGAAAAGACCUUCCAGGAUGCAUUACGAGAAGCUACUAUUGAAGCAGCUCGUAAGAAACAUACUGAAGCCAUGCAGGUCAAGGAACGUAUGAUGCGCAUGUUACCAGAUUAUCGUGAAUAUAGAUCUAAACUCGAAGUCAAACGUAAUGAAGAGUAUCAUAAACUUGAGCAAGAAGCUGCCAAGCAGAUUGCAGCUGCCAAGGAGAAGAGGAAGGCGGAUUAUAUCAAACGUAAAGAAGAAGAUCGCAGACGUGCUGAAGAAGAGGAACGUAUUGCAGCAGAAGAAGCUGAAGCGAGGAGGAAGAUGGAAGAAGAAGAAGAAUUUUUGGAGAACAAACGUCAAGAAGAAUUGGCUGUCAGGAAGGCCGAGGAAGCUGAGAGGAUGAGGAAAUUGGAUGAACAAGCAGCCAAACAACGUGAACGAGAGAAGGCAGCAGAAGAUAAACUCGCCGGUAGAAUAACUGCCACAUCCACACCAGGCACCAAAUAUGUACCACCAGCUGCAGCAGCAUCAACAGGAGCAGCAGCAAGUAAAUGGAUACCAGGUGUAGCACGCACCGCAUCAGCUGCUCCUGCAACACCAACACCAGGAGCAGCAUGGGCACCUAAAGCAGGCACAGGGGCUGCUCCAUCUGCUGGUGGAGGUGGCUGGAGAGACAGAGUGGCAGCCAAUGCAGGUCAAGCUAUGGAACGAUCCGCAUCAUCACCGACUGCAUCACCAAUAGAACCUACAGGUAGUACUCCAUAUAGUAGUAGCACGUAUACACCACCAAGCGCACGCGCUGGACCACCAAUGGAUCGUGGUGGAUCAACUGAAAGUGGAUGGCGCGUACGAGCAGCUCAAAAAGAGGCUGGUGGUGAAGGUGGUGAACGACCAAGUCCAUUUGGUGCUGCCAAACCAGCGGGAGUAUGGACGCCUCCUAGUCGUAGUACGUCUGGUGGAGCGGCUCCUGAGCAGAAGCCUGCAUCGACGCCGUCGAGUACUGCUUGGAGACCUAAGAGUGGUGGUGGUAAUUGA